AUGCUCAACUAUUCCAGCUUCUAUAGAAACUUCGGUGUGGAGGACAGCGCUGAUGACGAUUCCAUCGCUCCUUUAGGCGAGGUCGAGCAUGCCGCGUUCUUGUUGUAUUGGCUAUGCAAGUUCGUGUUUUGCACCCAGGCGAACAAAGUCACCCUGGAGUUCGCCCACCUGGCCGACUAUCUUGCGCAGGGCGGAAGGCUGGCGCUCGGCCCGUUCCUCCUCGGUCAUAUCUACCACACGCUUCACGACGUUGUCACGGACGGGAUGAAGCCGAAGCACGGUCGUCCACUGUGGGCCUUCCAGUUCUUGCUGCAGGCGUAUUUCCCGGACAUGAGGGGAGCGGCCAAUAUUACCGACACCGAGCCGUUGGCCAAUGCGUUUGCCCGGGUCCCCAUGAAGCAUAAUACCUCGACUUCCUGUUAUAAAUUUUUCUAUGGCUUGGUCAAGAGGACUGGGUCACAGUUCCGGGUGUGCCUUGCUCGGCCGUACCCGUUGUUCUUGGCACACGACCUCUCUGUGAUCCCUGAUGGUGAAACAGAGAACGAUUUGAAGGAAAUCUGGGGCUCCUUCCUGGUCGCGCGCGACCUUCACUGCGGCAUGUCUAAGGCUGGGGCCGAGGUUUAUCUGCCAAACUUCGUGGCGCGGCAAUUUGGCUUGAUCCAGACGGCACCACUUCCCCCGUUAUCAACCAAUCAGCUCUCGUCUUGGAGGGCCGACGUCGCCCAACAGCACGGCGUGGCUGGCAUUUCCUUUCAGCUUCAAAAGGGAAUGACCUUCCUCACUCUAACGCCUUGGCUGCGUCGUAAUGCGUACGACGAGGAUGGACGAGUCUGGUACGAGGAGUGCAUCUCGGCCAGAUUCAUUCGGCCCGUUGAGGAGGCCGUGAGGGGGGCUCUGAAGAAUGCAGACUGGGACCCCCUCGUCCCCAAGGCUGCCAAGGGGAAAAAGGCCCCGGCCGUGCUUCCUUGA